AAAAAAAAAUAGAAUUCAUCUUUGUUAUUCUUUUAUUUUCUUUAAAAAAAAAAUGUCGUUUAUUAGUCAACGCUUGUUCUCAGAUGCCUUCCGUGAUAUGCAACGUGCUAUGGCUGUAUUUGACCAUCCCUUUUUUAAUACGACUCGUCGCUCAUUAUUAGGUAGCCCUUCUAUCUUGAUAAGUAGCAGUCCAUCAAGAAGCGCUGGUUAUUCUCAUUUCUUUGGUAGCCACUAUUAUCCACCCACUGAUAUGGUCGAGACAGCUGAUUCUUAUGAAUUAAGUGCUGAAUUACCUGGUUUUGAUAAAAAGAAUAUUAAAAUUGAAUUAGCAGACGAUCAGACUCUUGUCUUGAGUGGUUCUGUUAACAACGAACAACAUCAAGAAUCAAAGUCAACUGUUACUACUAUAGAAGAAGAAGUAAAAGAAAAUAAUGAGAAAGUAGACAACAAGAAGGAAACUGAACAGACUGCUGCAGCAACAACAACUGAUCGUGCUUCUUCUCCUCAAUGGUGGGUUAAAGAGCGUGUUGUUACUGGUUCAUUUUCUAGAUCAUUUGAUUUCCCUACACCUAUUCAAGCAGAUACAAUCAAGGCUUCAUUUGAAAAUGGUAUUCUUAAGGUGACCAUUCCAAAGCCCACACAACAAGAUCAAGCCAAACAAGAAAUUCAUAUUGAAUAAAUAAUAAUAAUAAAAUGACUGUGGAGUUUGAAUAUAAUAAUAAAAAUCAUACUACUUAUUCAUGACUAUGCCAAGAUACUUUUAACUUUUUUUUUCUUUUUCUUUUUAUUUUAUUUAUUAUUAUUACCUUUAUAAAAGAUGACCAUUUAUUAUACACUUACCUUUGGCAUAUUAGUUACUGAGAUGAUUCUUUUUGGUCUUCUCGUUCUUCCUUUACCUUCUCGUUGGCGUCGUGCCAUGCUUAAGUUUGCUUCGACAUCUCCAGUUGUAAAUUACAUAUUU